GGAGGAUAACAGUCGCUGCAGGAGAAAGCUGGAAACACAACAGCCUGCACACUCUGACAUGAUGGAGCUCUAUCUGGAUCUGCACUCCCAGCCCUGCCGCUCCGUCUUCCUGUUUGCCAAAGCUGUCGGGAUUCCCUUUGAGUUCAAGCUGGUGGACCUCUCUGCAGGGCAUCAGUACAGCGAGGAGUUUGGAAAACUCAGCGUCAUGAGGAAGGUUCCUGUCAUGAAGGAUGGAAGCUUCGUUCUGACAGAAAGCACUGCGAUCCUGGAGUACCUGGUGCAGAAGCACUCGUCGUCAGUGGCAGAUCACUGGUAUCCUGCCGACCUGCAGCAGCGAGCUCGUGUUAAUGAGUACCUGUCCUGGCAGCACAUGAACCUCAGAGCUCACGGGUCCAAGGUCUUCCUGCUCAAGGCUCUGUUCCCAAUCAUGAUGGGCUCUGAGGCCCCGAAGGAGAAGAUGGACUCUGCUAUCGAGGAUCUGAAUCAGUCGACCCAAAUGCUGGAGGAGAAAUUUCUGCAGAACAAACCUUUCAUCCUGGGCGACAAAAUCUCUCUGGCUGAUCUGGUGGCUAUAGUUGAGAUCAUGCAGCCCGUCGGGACCGGCGUGGAUGUGUUCGAAGGCCGGCCGAAGCUGGUGGCCUGGAGGGAUCGGGUGAAGAAGGCGCUCGGCGAGAAGCUGUUUGACGAAGCUCACGAUGCGAUCAUGAAGGUGAGCAGCCUGCCGCAGAAGAUACAGAGCUCCGAUGUGGAGAUGAUGAAACCAAAGUGGAGGAAGAUUUUCAGCUGAGUAUCAAACAAAGAUAAAUCUGCCAUCGGUGUCAGAGUGAACGUAAUAUGAUUUAAAUUCACGGUUUUAUAGUGAUUUUUGUCAUUAUACCAGCUUCCAGGUAUUAAACUGUUGUGAAAACUGCA